AUGCACUCGUGCCUCGUGCAUGGCGCAUCGGCAGUGUUUGUGGUGAAGGACGGCAAUGGGACAGCGUGUAUCAUGGCCAACUUCUCAGCUACCUUCUUGAUGAACUAUGACACCAAGAACGGCUCUCAGAAUGCGACCUUUGACCUGCCGCCAAAUGCAGAGGUCCUGAAUAGCAGCUCUUGUGGUAAAGAGAAUCCUUCCGACCCCAUUCUCAUGAUUGCUUUUGAAGGAGGACAUACACUGACUCUCAAUUUUACAAGAAAUGUGACACGUUACAGAGUCCAGCUCAUGAGUUUUGUUUACAACUUGUCAGACACACACAUUUUCCACAAUGCGAGCUCCACGGGAAUCAAGACUGUGGAAUUCAUAACUGACAUCAAGGCAGACAUAGAUAAAAAAUACAGGUGUGUUAGCGGCACCCAGGUCCAUAGGAACAACGUAACUGUCACGCUCCGCGAUGCCACCAUCCAGGCAUACCUUUCAAACAACAGCUUCAGCAAGGGAGAGACACGCUGUGAGCAGGACGGGCCUUUCCCGACCACCGCGCCACCCCACCCCUCACCAUCACCGCCACCGCCUGAGAGCCCCUCUGUGGACAAGUACAAUGUGAGCGAUGUGAAUGGGACCUGCCUGCUGGCCAGCAUGGGGCUGCAGCUGAACGUCACUUAUGAGAAGAAGGACAACACGACUGUGAUAAGAGUGUUUAAUAUCAACCCAAACAAGACCUCAGCCAAUGGCAGCUGCAGCCCGCACCUGGUGACCCUGGACAUCCGGAGUGAGGACGGCACCGCCCUGCGCCUCCAGUUCGGGAUGAAUGCAACUUCCAGCCGGUUUUUCCUGCAGGGAAUCCACAUGAACACAACUCUUCCUGACGCCAGAGCCCCCACCUUUAGAGCUGGCAAUGACUCACUGAGGGUGCUGCAGGCCACUGUCGGGAAUUCCUACAAGUGUAACGCAGUGGAGCGCGUUCACGUCACAGAGGCGUUUUCCGUCAACAUAUUCAAAGUGUGGGUCCAGGCAUUCAAGGUCGAAGGUGACAAGUUUGGAUCUGUGGAAGAGUGUCUGCUGGACGAGAACAGCAUGCUGAUCCCCAUCGCCGUGGGCGGCGCCCUGGCGGGGCUGGUCCUCAUCGUCCUGAUCGCCUACCUCAUCGGCAGGAAGAGGAGUCACGCCGGCUACCAGACGAUUUAGCACUGCCACCGAGCACCGCAGCCACAGCUGCUGCGGGGUAUGCUCGUUUCCCUGGGCUUCGAGUGGUGUUGAGGGGAGGAACACUUUCUGCAAACUGUUUUUCAGAUCUGCUUCAUCAGACGUGGAGUUCAUCCUGCAACAUUUACUAUGCACAAGAGUAACUACUCAAAUGACGGUGUCAAUUUUGCUAACUGGGUUAAAUAUUUUGCUGACUGGUUAAACGUUAACAUUUACCAAAGUAGAGCUCCAAGGGAGGGUUAGAGUGCUUUUCUACAUUGGCACUGGCCCCACUAUCAUUUGACUUCUUAAGAUUCUGGUGUUUGGUUUCUUAAUUCUUUACUCAGAUUUAAGCCUUACAAAGGGAGAGUCUCUAGUCUUAACACUUAGGACAGAUAUGGUUGGCUUAAUUGUUAGGGUGACGCGCUUAAAAAAUUAAAAAUAGAGAAAGGAAAUCCAGAAGAUGAACAUCUGGACUGCUUAAAUUCAGCUGUAAAAGCCAGGGCAGGCCUGGCCCGCACAGUGGGAAGCAGGUCAGUGUUUGCAGCUACUUAAGCGUGUCCUGUGGUAUACGUGAUGCUCUGCCACUCAAGAGCUGGCACUUUUUAAAAAAUGGGUGUUAUUUUUAUUUACUUUUUUUGUAAUGUGAUUUUCAGUCUUGUUUGACAUUCAGGGUGAUCCUGUUUCUGCACUUGCAUAUAAUUACAGAUAGAUUCUCCCUCCUGAUUUAUCUGCUAUGGCUUGGGUGGGUCAUACACUGAGGGUCAGCUCACAUGUAACAUUACCAUUGCCUGUAACAGUGCUAAUAAAAAGUCUUUCUUUGUUCGUCUGGA